AAAAAUCACUUUGCCAUCUCUACAACAGCUGUUCUGCUAACGCGGACAUUUUUUUAGAACUCAAAUUCGAAAUAUUAUCAAAAGAUUCAAACAACAUGCGUGUCACCUUGGCCCAGUUGGUUAAAUUUACACCGAAGUUAAAAGAGCUUCGCAUUAUACUCGAUCCGGCCGGCGAAGCCUCAAAGGGAGCCAGGGAAUAUGUGCAAAAGUUCUAUCCGAAUUUAAAAAAGGAUAAUCCCAAUCUAGCAAUUUUGGUGCGCGAGUGCAAUGGAGUGCAACCUAGACUAUAUGCCCGAUAUGCUAAAGGCAAGGAAAUAUCCAUUUCUCUAACAAAUCAAGCUGCGCCCGAUAUACACAAACAAAUUGAAGCUGUUGGCAAGUAGAUCAACAUAUAAAAUAUUCAUUUAAGAUGCAAAUAAAAGUAAAUUAGAAGAAAAAAUUAACGGGAGUAUUGUAAGAAUUCAUCUAAA